AUGGAAGGCUAUGUCAUUCCGGCUCAGUUUGUCCCUGCUCUCUCGAGCAGGUCUGGUAUCUUUCUGAACCAGGGACUCACCAUCGCAGAGCACUCAAAUAAGUCUCGUCCGCCGCCUUCUUUCCUUCCUUCUCCUCCUCUUCACCACUCCAUCCAUACACUUCCAUCUACUCCGAGAACUCAGUCAGGGCUCGACUCUUAA